AUGAAACAAGAGUUAUCAGCUUUAGGAAUGCCUAGAAGGAUUUCAUAUUUUGAAAUUUUGGAUGCAACCAACAAAUUUGAUGAGAGUAACUUACUGGGAAGAGGAAGUUUUGGUUCUGUAUUUAAAGGAAGGCUUUCAAAUGGAACAAUGGUUGCUUUUAAAAUAUUCAAUUUUGAUUCAGAAGCAUCGUCAAAGAGCUUUGAACUGGAAUGUGACACGAUGCGUAAUGCACGUCACUGCAAUUUGGUGAAGAUCAUAAGUAGUUGUUCCAAUCUUGAUUUCAAGUGUUUGGUAAUGGAGUUCAUUCCCAAUGGGAGUCUUGAAAAAUGGUUAUAUUCUCAUAACUAUAGUUUGGAUUUUCUGCAAAGGUUAAAUAUAAUGAUAGAUGUUGCAUCUGCUUUGGAAUAUCUCCAUUGUAGCUUGCCAACACCAAUAGUCCACUGUGAUUUGAAGCCAAGAAACAUUUUGUUGGAUGAUAACAUGGUUGCUCAUGUGAGUGACUUUGGAAUUGCAAAAUUUCUAGACAAAGGAAAGUCUAGUAAACUCACAGAGACAAUACCUACAAUUGGUUAUGUUGCACCAGAAUAUGGAUCUCUUGGAAUUGUCUCAACAAAAAUUGAUAUGUACAGCUUCGGAGUAAUACUAAUGGAAGUAUUCACAAGAAAAAGGCCAACAGAAGAUAUGCUUGUGGAUGGAUUGAACUUGAAGAGUUGGGAGUUUCUCAAGACAUGGAGCGUUACACCAUUUCAUCAUGGAAAACUGAAGUUGGAAUAUAAGAAUGGUAGCCUCAAGUGUUACAUGCCUUAA